UUGCUCAACCAAAGGCAUACGAAAUGGCGUCUGCUGCAGAUUACAACAAUUACGGACAAGCUGGAGGCCAGCAGGGGUACAGCUCUUAUGCAGCCCAGCCCUCUCAGCAGGGUUAUGGACAGGGCACUCAGCAGUCAUAUGGUCAACAGCAAAGCUACAGUUCAUACAGCCAACCAGCUGACUCAACCUACUCCCAAACCAGUGGAUCCUCAAGCAGUUAUGGCCAGCAGCCAUAUGGAUCAUCAUAUGGACAGCAGCCACCCGCCAGUAGUGGUUAUAAUGCCACUCCGACCACACCGCAGAGCUACAGUCAGCCUGUGCAGGGAUAUGGAGGCAGCAGCUACGAUUCCUCCACAGCUGCAGCCACAUCAACCAGCAGUAACCAGACCUCUUAUAGUGGGCAGGCCAGCUACGGUGCCCAGUCUGCAUAUCCUGGAUAUGGACAUCAGCCUGCAUCUGCUGCACCCCCCAGCAGCUACAGUUCUGGCAGCCAGCAGCCCUCUGGAUAUGAGCAGAACUCGUAUUCCCAGCAGCCUCAGCAAAACUCCUAUUCUCAGCAGCAGCAGGGAGGAUACCAGGGCCAACAAGGAGGUUACGGACAGCAGAGCUCCUACAGCCAGCAGGGAGGAUAUCAACAGACUCCUCCCCAGCAACAACAGGCCCCACCUUCCAGCUACGCCCCACCUUCUGGGUCCUAUGGACAGCCCCCUGCUAGCCAGUAUGGGCAGCAGGGCGGUACUGGGGGAGGCUAUGGGCAGUCAGAGUAUAAACCAACCAACCAGUAUGGAAAUUACAGACAGGACCAUCAGAAUGGCAUGGGCGGAGGUGGCUAUUCGGGUCCUGAAUCUGGAGGAUAUGGGGGCCCUGGAGAGGGCCGAGGCAUGGGUGGGGGGGAGAACCGCGGGCGCGGCCGGGGUGGGUUUGACCGGGGGAUGAUGCGAGGAGGUGGUGGCAUGCGAGGGGGCAUGAGCCGUGGAGGCAUGGGCAUCGCUGGAGACAGAGGUGGCUUCAUUAAGCCUGGUGCAGAUGGUGACACAGGGCGUCCAGAGGAGCAGGAUGACUCUGAAAACAGCACUAUCUACAUCACUGGGCUGACUGAGAAUGCUACAUUGGAAGAAGUUGCUGACUUUUUCAAGCACAGUGGAAUCAUCAGGAUAAACAAACGGACAGGUCUGCCUGCUGUGAACAUAUAUACAGAUAAAGAGACUGGGAAACCUAAAGGUGACGCUACCUUGUCCUAUGAAGAGCCUCCCUCUGCAAAGGCAGCAGUUGAGUGGUUUGAUGGCAAAGAUUUCCAGGGGAAGAAGUUAAAGGUUUCCAUGGCCCGACGCAAACCUAUGAUGGGAAUGAUGCGUGGGGGCAUGCCAAUGAGAGGAGACCGAGGUGGCAUGAUGGGACGAGGAGGAAUGAUGGGUCGUGGUAGUAUGGGUAGAGGUGGUGAUAGAGGAGGAUUCAUGCCGCGUGGGGGUCCCAGGGGAAUGGGCCGUGGAGGACCUACUGGAGGAAACAUGCAACAAAGGGCAGGAGACUGGCAGUGUCCAAAUGCUGGAUGUGGAAACCAGAAUUUUGCCUGGAGAAUGGAGUGUAACCAGUGCAAGGCACCCAAACCUGAAGGCUUUGGACCUCCUCCCUUCCCUCCUCCAGGUGGUGACCGUGGUCGUGGUGGACCAGGUGGGAUGCGUGGUGGCCGUGGUAUGGACCGUGGAGGGCCAGGGGGACCCGGUGGAUUCCGUGGAGGUAGAGGUGUAGAUCGGGGAGGUUUCAGAGGGGGGCGUGGCAUGGACAGAGGCGGUUUUGGAGGAAGGGGACGAGGUGGGCCUCCUAUGGAUGACAUGGGUAGAAGGGGUCGAGGAAUGGGACCGCCUGGCAAAAUGGAUAUGAAGGGAGACCAUCGUCAGGAACGGAGAGAAAGACCAUAUUGAGGGAUGACUUGCUAGUCAACAUUUGUCCACAUUUUAAAGUUGCAAUUCCAUAUUUAUAAAAUGUUAAUAUGGAACUCGUUAAUGCUUUGCUGUUAGUCCUCAGUGAAUGUUUUUUUUAUUUUUGAACUUUUUUGUUAUGCGCUCACUUUUCUGGUCCAGAACUGUAAUUGAAACAAGAUGCACAUGUAAAUGCAGGGUGUUCUGUGUGCCAUUUGGACUUGUCAGAUGCUUUUGUGGAACAAAUGUUUUUUUGUUUUGUUUUGUUUUUAUUCCCAAUACCACUUGUUUGCUUUACUCUGAUUUCAUGUCUGAAAAUGUUGAAUUAAAAAAAAAAAAAAAGAUAUAUAUUUUUUUAAUGCAUGGCUAUAAAUACUUGCCAUGCACUUUUUUUUUUUUUUUUUUUGUCCAAAUUUUACUUCACCUAAACAGUGUGGCAUCUUUUAGUGAGACUGAAUAAUGUAAAUAGCUGAUGCUAUUCAGCUCCUUAUGUCAUUUUAAAGUGUUCAAAAAAGAUUUAAUCAAAAAAAAUAAAUAAACAUCUGGAAACAUU